AAACUGCAAGAGGUUUAAAUGAAUGCAAAAUGUGUUGGUGGUCUUUAAAACAUCUUCAGGCACAAGUUUUGCAUCACAGCAAUCUCUGCUAGAAAGGACACCAUGAGGACUAUCUCCUUCAUCUUGCUUUUACUGGUAUUUGUGAUGGUUCAGAGAACCUUAUCACAAGGUGGCAUCUCAACCUGUUGUCUGAAAAUCUCUGGGACAAAAGUUCAUCGAGACUUUCUGAAAAGCUACUACAAAGAAGACAGUUCAUCAUGCACUCAAAAUGCAGUUGUAUUUACCACAAUCAAAGGCAAGAGAAUCUGUGUUAAUCCCAGCAAGGUAUGGACAAAGACCAGCAUGGCCUACUUGGAUGGAAAGAACUGGUGGCAAAGACAUACUACUCUAAAGAAGCAUCAGGAAGAUUCUUCACACUGAUUCCUCUGUUGAAACAAAGAUUUUACCCCAUUUUCUUUGCUGUUUGGUUCCAAUAAGUAUCUACUUGUUGUCACAUUCUGUCAGAAUUUAACCAUCUUUUGUAUCUGACUUAAUUUUUUUGUUUUUUAGUGACUCAUGACAAUGAUCUAAACAUUAAUCUCUCCAUGACUGGUCAUGGAUUAAUAUGCAAAUAAAGAUGAUCACAGUAUAAUGGCCUAAAAUCAAUCAUUGGUAAUCAUUAGCUUUGAGUUCAGAGAAUUAAUAGUCACAUAAUGCUGCAGCUGCUUUUUCAGCCCAUUUUGCUCAUGUUGUUAUGUGUUUCAUCUCUGUUAUACCACAAACCUCACAAUGAUCAAUGAUAAGAACAGGAAAUAGUUGAAAUAGUAAAGUCAGGAAAUAUAUAUUUUUUUAACCAGACAAGACAAUGAGCGUUAUGCAUGAACCAGUGAAACAGGUUUAUUAUAACAGAGGAGGAACUUAAAACAAAGUUUAUAUUAUUCAAAAAUAUAUAUAUAUAAUAAGAGACCCCAAAGUUAAAAACGUUUUUUGAAAAAACGUAAUCUAUUUUCAAGAAGCUGGUGAGGUGAAGA